UCCGUCGCCGUGGAGACGUGGGCGGUGCGCGGUGACGCACAACGCUGCACACGGCCACGGGCCGCUGGGUCGCGCGUGGAAGGAAAUCGGAGGGGCUGGCGAUGGAGGAGUGGCCCGAUCGGGGCCGUCAGUGUCAAGUCAGUUGUCCUCAUGGAUAUCAUGGAACUCAAAAACACCAGGAGGAGUAUAACAAUUCAAGUCAAAGCAAGAGCCCUGAUAAACAUCACGGUGAUCUUACCUUCAUGGAUGACUAUAGUAACUGGGAUAUUGUAAGAGCCACACAAUAUGGAAUAAUCGACCGAUGUAAAGAGCUGAUUGAAGCUGGUUAUGAUGUCCGACAGCCUGACAAAGAAAAUGUGACCUUACUUCACUGGGCAGCCAUCAAUAACCGAACAGAGCUUGUGAAAUAUUACAUUUCAAAAGGUGCGAUUGUGGAUCAGCUGGGUGGAGAUUUAAAUUCAACAGCUCUUCAUUGGGCAACCAGACAAGGCCAUUUGUCUAUGGUGGUGCUGCUGGUUAAGUAUGGAGCAGAUCCCUCCUUAGUCGAUAGGGAAGGAUUCACUUGUCUUCAUCUUGCAAUUCAAUUCCAGCAAAUGCCAAUCAUUGCUUACCUUGUAGCAAAAGGUCAGAAUGUAGAUGCUGCUGAUAUGAAUGGACAAACGCCAUUAAUGCUUGCAGCUUCCCGAAUAAUAGGGCCUGAGCCUACCAGAUUCCUCAUAAAAUUAAAUGCUUCAAUAAAUGCUGUUGAUAAAUUGCACAAGAACACACCUCUGCACUGGGCAGUACUAUCAGGAAAUGUGGCAGCACUGAAUGUACUGCUUGCUGCUGGUGCAAAUGUUGAAGUUAAAAAUGCAAUGGGUGAAACUCCUCUGGGGCUGGCCCAGCAAAACAGAAAUCCUUGGAUAAUCCAUAGUCUGAUUGACACAAAUGCUUCUAGAAGUAGAAGCUCUUUUGUGCUGAAGCUUUUCAAGAGUUUUGAAAAAUACAAGCUUCUCCUGUUGUUUUUGCUGUCAGUGGGAGUAAUAUGGAUUACAGGCUACAUAGCAGACUUGGAAUCUGACUCCUGGCUUCUGAAAGGCAUAUUGUUUGUUUCCACUUGGCUCAUAAUACAGCUUAUAAUAAGGAGAUUUUUGAGUGUGCAGACUUUUGGCUACAUUCCUUUAGCAUUUUUGGCAGCAUCACUUUUUUGGAUGGUCGUCACGUGGUUCAUCCGGUUCUUGCCUGAUUUUCCGGAUUCAGUAUUUCAGAUUCCAUUUGCUGUCAGCAUAACAGGUUGUAUCUAUUACUUCUAUAAAACCUGGACAACAGACCCUGGAUACAUCAGAGCUUCAGAGGAAGACAAGAAAAAGACUGUUAUAUCACUUGCAGAAGCUGAUUGCUUGGACCCAAGGAUCUUCUGCACUAUGUGUCUUGUGCGCAAACCUCUCCGAUCUAAACACUGUCCCGUUUGUGACCGUUGUGUAGCCAAGUUUGAUCAUCAUUGUCUAUGGAUUGCACGGUGUAUUGGUGCUUGGAAUCAGCGAUAUUUUGUUAGCUUCCUGUUUUUCGUGUUCACUGUACUUCUCUGGAUGAGCUAUGGAACGAUUGUGUACUGGUCCUCACAUUGUGUAACCAGCUAUGAGAAGAAUGGAUUAUGGAUACUUCUGAUCCAAAUUAUUUCAUGUUCUCCAUGGAUAGUUUGGAUUUUUCUGCUAGUGCUAUUCCAUUCCUCAUGGGUCGUAUUUCUGCUAUUUAACCAGCUCUAUCAGAUUUUGUAUUUGGGUCUAACAACCAAUGAACGGCUCAGUUUGAUCAAACGUGCACAUUCUGGACGUAUUGUUGGAAAUCAGCAAAAUCCGUUCAAUCAUGGCUGUUUCCAGAACCUAGUGGACUUCUUCCAAUGCCGCUGUUUUGGUGUGCUCAAGCCAAGCAAAAUUGACUGGAGUCAGCAGUACACAAUGGGCUUUGAGCAACCAAGAACAAAUGAGUUUCAGUUUGUAUGAGAAGUGUAUGUGGGGGAAUUGUAAUAAUUUUUUUAUGUAUAGAUUUCUUGUUUUUGACAGAAGAUAAAGAGUUGGCAGAUGGUUCUUAUCAGUUGUAUAAUUCGUGUAUAUCUCAGGUGAUGUGAUUUCAGUAAUUUAAAUUGUGACUUGUUUUAAAUUGUUUAAGUCAUGUUCAACUUCAUUAAGUAAUGGGGUACUAGUCCAAAGAAAGUAAUAUUUUGGAGGCAAAAUAUAGUCAAAUAUUUGUGAAAUAAGAUUAAAAUCAAAUUGAUAUUAUAAAUUAUAUUAAAUUGUACACUUUUUAACAAAAUAUGUAUUUUUACAAUGAUUACUUGUUUAAAAAAACUAAUUGCUUUUAUUUCAAAAAUCCAUCGUCAUCUAUAAGUUAGCUCUGGACAUAUCUGAACUUUUUGUUGCAUUCUCUCUUGUCUCCAACUGUACCAACACUUGGACAAUCUGAUUUGGUUGUAUAGGAAUAAUUAUUGUAACCACAAACUGAGGAAAAUACUGUCCCCUUAUCUUUAUCCAGACUUGCUGUCAGCAAGUAAACCUCUGAUACUAAAGCGAAAACACAGCGGAUCCUGGAAAUCUGAAAUUAAAAACAGAGUGUUUAAUUCUAAAAGUAGGACAGUUUCUGAGAAGACAAUGAAAUUUGCUUUCCAGACCCACGUCCUAAGACAGGGAAAAGUUAUUGACCUGAAACAUUAACUCUUUGUUUCUCACAGAUGGAGCUUUAAUUUAGAGCCUAACACCUACAGUAAACUAAUCCACCAUGUAACCAUUUCAUGAAGUUCCUUACACAGCAGUGGUUCCUGUCUCAUUUAUUUAGACAAAGAAACUGCAAAUUUACAGACUUGUGAUUAUAUUUGCUUCAAUGUACCACAUUUAAAUUUGCUUGGAACUCUAUUUUGCUUCAUCUUUACAUAUUCAACCAUAGAAAGGAGAUGAAGUAUAGGCAUAUGGCUAAUUAUAAUAUCAAGCAUAUCACCAAGCAUUUGUGUUUCUCAUCCUAAAGCUUAUUUAUUUUAAUAAACUUUAAGGGGGAAUACUAAAGAUAAUAAAGAAAUAUGGUCAUUAAAGUUCAGUUAAACAAUUUCAAUUUACCCCUGAGUAUUGUGUUAGACGGUUUUUUUUAACAGAUCUGGCUAAUAUAGCAAAACCCAACAUCAUGCAAUGCUUCGUGGGAAUGCUAUCCACAUGUUAAGACUAAAUGGCCAAAAGCUUGGUCAAAAUAGUGUUUUUAAGAAACUUCUUAAAUCACGGGGAGAGGUUUGAAAACUUUUGGUAAUUCUCGUCCUUGGGAUCUAGACAUUUGGAGGCAUGAGUGAUUGAACGCACAGCUUACAAGAAUUCAGACCCGGAGGAACAGUAAACUCCUGAAGGCACAGAUUUUGUAGAGGUGCAAAGAUGAAGAAAGGAAAUGUCUGAGAUGAAAUGUCUGAAAAUGGCUUUUCUAGUAUAACUGAGCAGUUAACUGAGUCCAUUGGUAUAAUUAAGCAUGAUGCAUCAUAUAUUUUAAGAUGAUCAAUGAAUUGCUGUCUACAGACUUAAUACAGCCAGCUACCAGCUGCAUUUCGAGGAUACAAAAGCUAUUCUCAGCAAUUUUAUAUAUUUGCUGGAAAUCUGAGAUGCUGUGAAGUGAGUCCUCAUGAACUUUUAAGUCAUAUGAAACAGUUUUGUCAAUUAAAAUGAAUGACAUGUAUAUACAGUUGACUUAAGAAUGUUUCAUAAUUUGUAUUUUUAUGCAACACGUCUCAAUACAGUAAAACUUUGA